AUGAAAGUGGAACAACAUCAAGUAAAUAAUAAUAAUAAUAAUAAUAAUAAUAAUCAUCAAAAUAUACCGCACCCAAGAGAUGAGAAAUUACAUCCACAUGUAAAUGAUCCAGGACAUGCAGAUUUCGAUACAAUGAUUACGAUUGUAAUUGCAGUGGUUGUAAUAAUUUUACAAUUAUUAUUAUUCAUUUGGAAGACAAAAUAUAAUAGAUCAUUUGUAAAAGUAAGUUUAGUUGGAAUUUGGUUAUUCCCAUUAGCAUUCUCAUUAUAUAAUGGAUAUAUAAGAAUGAUUUGCAUAUGGAGUUGUUUCACUAGUGUAUUGGGUUACCUUUAUUUUCUAUCAACUAGACAACCACUAAGUAGAAAAACCCCGAAAAUAGUAUUCACUUGGUUUUAUUUAAUCUAUAUAUUCAGUUUUUGUUUAUCAUUAUUUGCAGGAUUUUUAAUUUUCUUCAAUAUAUUUGCUUUAUCAUUUGAUGCAAGAUUAACUUUAUUAUCAUAUGGUUUAUAUAUUGGUUUAUUAGGUAGAGAUUUCGCUGAAGUUUGUUCUGAUAGAAUAGCUUCAAUACUUGGUCUUGGAGCAUCAAGAUUACCAUUUACACAAAUACCUGAUAAUUAUUGUGCAAUUUGUACAACUAAUUUAAAACCAAUUGGUUCAACUUCAUCAAAUAAUAGUUUAUUAAUCAGUGAUAUGGCUGAUAAUACUAAUAAUGUAAAUAAUAAUAAUAAUAAUAAAAAUAAUAAUAUUAAUGGUGUUGAUCAAAAAAAAGAAAUUGAAAAGAAGGUUGAUAAAAUUAUGAAUUUUGUUUUUAGCGAAAAACCAAUUAAACUUCCAUGUAAUCAUAUGUUUCACGAAUGGUGUAUAAGGGGUUGGAUGUUAGUUGGAAAAAAGAAUACAUGCCCUCAUUGUAAUGAAAAAGUCGAUUUUAAAACAUUAUCAGAAAACCCUUGGCAAAAGAAUAGCAGUAUUUGGGGUACUUUAUUAGAUUCAGUUAGACAUUUAAUUGUUUGGAACCCAAUUUUGAUUGGAAUUGCAAACGUAAUAAUAAAUUUAUCUCACAAAUAUUAA